AUGCCCAAAUAUGUCUGCAAGGCACCAACGACAACUACUGCACCAACAACAACAAGUGCUGCACCAACAACGACAACUGCUGCAUCAACAACGACAACUGCUGCACCAACAACAACGACAACAACGACAACUGCUGCACCAACAACAACAACUGUGAUACCAACAACAACUGCUGCACCAACAACGACAACUGCUUCCCCAACCACAACGACUGCUGCACCAACAACGACAACUGUGGUACCAACAACGACAACUGUUGCACCAACAACGACAACUGCUGCACCAACAACGACAACUGCUGCACCAACAACAACAACUGCUGCACCAACAACAACUGCUGCACCAACAACGACAACUGCUGCCCCAACAACCACAACUGCGGCACCAACAACGACAACUACUACUGCAGCACCAACAACCACAACUGCUACACCAACAACAACAACGGCUGCACCAACAACAACAACGGCUGCCCCAACAACCACAACGACAACUGCUUCCCCCACAACCACAACUUCGGCACUAACAACGACAACUGCUGCACCAACAACGACAACUGCUGCCCCAACAACCACAACUGCGGCACCAACAACCACAACUGCUGCCCCAACAACAACGACUGCUGCACCAACAACGACAACUGAGGCACCAACAACGACAACUGCGGCCCCAACGACAACAACUGCUAUACCAACAACGACAACAGCUGCACCAACAACAACAACGGCUGCACCAACAACAACAACGGCUGCCCCAACAACCACAACUGCGGCACCAACAACGACAACUACUACUGCAGCACCAACAACCACAACUGCUACACCAACAACAACAACGGCUGCACCAACAACAACAACGGCUGACCCAACAACCACAACUGCGGCACCAACAACGACAACUGCUGCCCCCACAACCACAACUUCGGCACUAACUACGACAACUGCUGCACCAACAACGACAACUGCUGCCCCAACAACCACAACUGCGGCACCAACAACGACAACUGAUUCCCCCACAACCACAAUUUCGGCACUAACAACGACAACUGCUGCACCAACAACGACAACUGCUGCCCCAACAACCACAACUGCGGCACCAACAACGACAACUACUGCACCAACAACAACAAGUGCUGCAUCAACAACGACAACUGCUGCACCAACAACGACAACUACUGCAACAACG